AUGGCCAACAAGCGUCAGCGGGAGGCGCGGAAGCACUUCCGAGAGGCGAACCCAGACCUAUUCCCUCCGCAGCCCGCCCCUUCUGCCGACGGUGCCAAAAAGAAGAGCAAGAAGAACAAGAAGGGCAUGUUCAAGAAGCCCAAGAAGGGCGGCACGGGGAGGUUUAAGCACCCGCUGCGGGUUCCCGGGAUGCGCCCCGGGGAGCGCUGCUUCAUCUGCAAGUCCACCGACCACGUCGCCAAGGCUUGCCCCGAGAAGGCCCUCUGGGACAAGAACAAGAUUUGCUUGCUUUGCAGGGAGCAGGGCCAUAGUCUGAAGAACUGCCCUGAAAAAAGCGAGGGAAAUUUGAAGAAAUUUUGCUAUAACUGUGGUGAAUCUGGACAUUCUCUUUCCAAGUGCCCCAAGCCCAUUGAGAAUGGGGGAACGAAUUUUGCAAGCUGCUUUAUCUGCAAACAGCAAGGACAUUUGAGCAAGAACUGCCCUGAAAACAAACAUGGCAUCUAUCCAAAGGGUGGUUGUUGUAAGGUAUGUGGAGAAGUUACCCACUUGGCCAGACAUUGUCCGAAUAAAGGGAAACAAGAUUUGAUAUCCUCCAGAGAUGAUGAUGUCAACAUGGAAGAGCACAAUCAGGAAGGUCCUGCCAUUCACCAUGGUGGAGAUGACCUCGAGGAUGAUUUCGUUGAUGAAGAGGAACCAAAACCCGCCAAAUCGAAAAAGGCAAAGCAAUCAGGUCCAAAGCCAGCAACAGGGACGGGAAAUGAGGAGAAGAGCGCCAGUGCGAAGACAAAAGCCAAGCAAGCUCCUAAAGUUGUAAAAUUCUUUGGUUAA